CGAAAGAUUCAGGCUUCUUGUUGCAUUGUGUUGCAUAUUGUACCUGUCUUGGACGGAUGCAUCUUUGUUGGGUGUUUGUUUCGCGGGCACUGUACACCGAGACACCACUAUCGUGUCUCCAGAUAGUAACAAUAAUAAUUCUACAGAAAUAAAGUCAAUGGAGAAAUCAGAAAUAUUCCCAGAAAAACCAGGAAAAAGAUCAUAUAUAGAAUUUGUAUGCUCAUCUUCAGAAGACAAAGAGGAAGACAUAACACCACCUAAGAAAAUUCCUCGAAGAGUUCCAGUAAAAAAGUUAACGGAAAAUAUAGAAAAACUCACAGAGGAAGCUCAAAAGAGAAGACGUAAAGGAAAUAAAAAGUUCCUUCGGAUGCUUUUUAAUUCUCUGGAUAAGAUGCUAAGUAUUUUAGAAAAGAAAGUCACAGAGGGAGCUGAAGAGAGAGGACAUAAAGAAUAUAUGGAUUUGAAGCGUUUACGAUUGUUAGAGGUCUUGUAUUAG